CGUUUUAUUUGAAUUGCUAUAAGAAAGUUAAGUGGGCCGUGCCAAAAUCAGCAAGGAGAACAGAGAUUAGGGCUAGGGUUUUAGUGCAGAAUGCAUAACAGUUUGAUUUGAUUUUGAUCCCAUCCGUAAUUCAGGUAACAAGUUAGUGUUGUGUUCACUUGAUUCUUUCACUCGCAAAUCGCAAUGUUUCAUAUUCGCAUCAAAAUUAUUUCUCCAGCCUCGCAAAAACUGGUUUCUUCGCUAGGUAGCAAUCCAUGGCUAUGGCUUGCUUCGAGACUCAUCUCAACCUCGUCUCCUUCUUCAGCCUCCAAAGACAACUCUUUUGCAUUCUACCUAACUCAUACUUGUGGGUUCUCACCAGAACGCGCUACCACCAUUUCCAAGCGCCUCAAGUUAGAAACAAGUGAAAAACCAGACACAGUGAUUGAGUUCUUCAAGAACCAAGGUUUGUCCCAAACUAUGAUCUCGAAAGUCCUUCGAACUGUUCCAGACUUACUUUCAGUCAAACCCGAGAACACUUUGCAGCCAAAGUUUGAUUUUUUCAAGUCAAAAGGGUUUUCUAUCUCUGACAUUCACAACAUCAUAUUAACAUCCCCUGAAAUUCUCAAAAGAAGCUUGAAUAAUGAGAUCAUUCCCUGCUUCAAUUUCCUUGACAACAUGUUUGAAUGUAAGCACAACCUCAUGAAAACUGUUGUAAGCUAUUCAGGUGUUCUACAUGUCUUUGCCAAACGUAUUGAACCUAAUAUCAAGCUGCUGAGAGAAGAGGGUGUUCCUGAAUCACACAUUGUUAGGUUGUUAGAAUACUAUGGCAAGACAAUUAAGGUAUGUCCUACGCGAUUUAAGAGGGCAGUGGAGGAAGUGAAGGAGAUGAAGACUGAUCCACUCAAGUUGCAAUUUGUUAUAUAUGUUCAUAUAAAGUUACAUCUGAGCAAAUCCACAUGGGAAAGAAAGAAAGGUAUAUAUAGAAAAUGGGGUUGGACCGAGGAUGAUAUUUCUAAAGCAUUUAGAACCCACCCGUUCUGUAUGUGCACUUCAGACAGUAAGAUUGAGGCGGUCAUGGAUUUUCUGGUGAACACAUUGGGCUGCAAAUCUUCUGACAUUAUCAGAUGUCCAUCACUGUUGACCAUGAGCUUGAGAAAGCGAAUUAUUCCAAGGGGCUCUGUUGUUAGAGCUUUGCUGUCGAAGGGUCUGAUUAAGAAGCUGAGCUGGACUGUAUUUCGGUAUAAUGAAUUGGAGUUCCUGGAUAAGUUUGUCCAUUGUUAUGACAAGGAAGCCAAUGAGUUAUUGAAGUUGUAUCGGGGUAAGUUGGCUUAAGAAUGUAAGAGAAAUGAAUGUGUCUACUCCCUGAGUCUUUUGGUGCAUUGCAUUGGUAGUCUCGCUUUUAUGCCGUUGUUCCAACUUAAAUGGCCAAGUGAUGUUGCAAUUCUAUAUUGUCCUAUUACAGUUGUGUUUGCUGUGCCAUUUAAACAGAAAAUAUGAUUAGCAAGGAUAAAUAAUGGGGAGACUUCCGAAUUCAGGUGUGAAUUGAGUUCAUGCAUUCAUAUCUUAACAUCACUAUGGCUAGGGAAGGACAAAAGAAGUCUAAAGUGCUUCUUAUCAGCCGGAACGUUAAUCUUUCUGGGGUUCUCAUGGAUGAAAUGUAGUUGGUUUUGCAGCAACAGGGAGUAUUCUUGCUUGGAGAUUUAGUGAUUCGGAUUUUUCCGUUGGUUAUGCUUUUAUGACUGACAACUUGCCUUCAGUAGUACUCCUUCAUAAGGGUGGUUUUCUAGAUUGAUAGACUUACUUGGAGGAGUCAUAGGAUUGUGCUAAUUCAUUGGUUGUUACUUGAGUCUCUGCUGCUGUGUCAAUUUGAAGACUGGGAAAUAGAGUAUUGACCUUAAGGCAGUUUUGCGCUGUGUCAAUUUUAGGCAGAAGCCUUGAGCAAAGCCGAUGCUUGCUGAAUUGAGGCGCUCUGGAUUUUCUGGUGAACAAACUCCUGCAAGGCUUCUGCUACCGCUGGGCAGCUGGUAAUGCUGUUCUUUACUAGGAAAACUGAUUAUAUCAACGGGUUUUGUCAUUCUGGUUAUGCUGUCCAAAGAUCUAAUGUUGAAGCAAUUGUUUAGGUGUGUUGAAAAGGUCUUAAACAUAUAAUACUCCACGAGAAGGAAUCUGAGAAACUAUUUAUCAGGCUGAAUUGAUUCUUAGUGGUUGCAACGAAAACAUUCACAUUAA